AUGACUGUAUAUAUCCUUCCACGAGGCUGGUCCCUCCAGCCAAGCCAAAUCAAUACACGCACACCACCAGUGUCCUAUUGCAGCCCUCAAGCAAACAUACUGGAACUGGAAUUGUGGCACGAGUGGACCUCGAAAACAUAUGAUCAUUUCACCAAUGACAGGCAGAACGACAGCCGCCACAACUGGCAGAUCUUGGUCCCAAAGCUGGCAUUGCAAUGUGAUUAUCUGAGAAACGCCAUCUUGGCAAUUUCGGCCAUGAAUAUUGUCCUCGAAUCCUCUAAGCCAGUACCGGCAACUGCGUCACAUUACAUGCUCGCCGCCUUGGAAUAUCACAAUGCCGCCUGUCAAGCGUUUGGCAAAGUUGGCGAGCACACAAUACCCCGGACCAACAAUGACGACGAAACAAGCUUCACCACCAUCUUCGCCUUCUCCAUCAUCAACCUCGCAUUCAUCCUCGGCCUGUCGCAGUGUCACGUCACCACUAAUCAGGAUGUCCAAGAAGUCACCAAGAUCGUGGGAAACAUCACAAUGCUGUUCAGAGUGCUUCAGAGCUUCGGCUCCGUCAUCAGCUCAGGCCUCGACGGGUUCUCGAGAGGGCCCCUUCCCGUCAGCCAUGACCUAUUUUCCGCGUCGUGGUGCCGGGUGCUGGAUGAGGACACAGCAAUGGCACUCACGAGACUCCGGUGCAUCGUGGGGCGUGAAAAGGGGUUUACAGACGCUUUCAACGCCAGCGACGCCUAUUCGCGGGCGAUUAUUUGGUUGGAAAAAUGUUUCAGCUUCUAUAGUGACGAGAACAGGGAUGUUGUCCUUAUAUGGCCGAUGGUCUUGGAUACGUGGUUUAUCCGGGCGCUCGAGACCGGCGGAGACCAAGUCUGCAGGUUGAUUUUAUUGCACUGGGCUGUGAUGCUGCAUUGGUUCGGCCGUGGGAAGCGGUUCACGGGGGGUCUGGGUGCGAAACUGGUGGACGAACUGUCCAAGCCUAUGCUGGGGAAGGACGUUCAUUGGGAGGAAUGCAUACAUUUUGUGCGACAGCAAGUUGGUCUGUUGUAG